CCGGCCUGGAGGGGCUGCAGCUGCUUCCGGUUGUCGUUUGCAGAAUGAAGACCAUUCUCAGCAACCAGACGGUUGACAUCCCCGAGCAAGUCAGCGUUUCACUGAAGGGCCGGACAGUCAUUGUGAAGGGCCCCAGAGGAACCCUGCGACGGGAUUUUAACCAUAUCAAUGUGGAGCUGUCCCUCCUGGGGAAGAAGCACAAGAAGCUACGUGUCGACAAAUGGUGGGGUAACAGGAAGGAGCUGGCGACGGUUCGCACGAUUUGCAGCCACGUACAGAACAUGAUAAAGGGUGUCACGCUGGGGUUUCGUUACAAGAUGAGGUCAGUGUACGCUCACUUCCCGAUCAACGUCGUCAUACAGGAUAAUGGCUCGCUUGUGGAAAUCCGAAACUUCUUGGGAGAGAAGUACAUCCGCAGGGUGCGCAUGAGGCCAGGUGUUUCCUGUGCAGUAUCUCAAGCCCAGAAAGAUGAGCUGAUCCUUGAAGGGAACGACAUUGAAUUGGUCUCCAAUUCAGCUGCCUUGAUCCAGCAAGCCACUACAGUCAAGAACAAGGAUAUCAGGAAAUUCUUGGAUGGUAUCUAUGUCUCUGAGAAAGGAACAGUACAGCAGGCAGAUGAGUGAAACUCUUAAUAGUUGUCUGGAUCCUGAAA